AUGAAACACUACUGCGUACCUUUAUGCUAUAACAACUCGUCUAAAAACAGAAAUUUGCAGUUUUAUCGGAUCCUAAGGGAUAAAGAAGUGAGGAAAAGAUAUAUUAUUGCCGUAAGGAAUGAUAAUUUGAAAGUAGAAGCAGAAAACACCAGGAUCUGUAGUGUGCACUUUAUAGAUGGCAAGAAAGCACACUGGUGUGAUGUACCGUCAAUUUUUCCUUGGACAAAAGCACAGAGACAAAGAAAACCACAAGCAAACAGAACAUAUGUAACAAAGCCACAAGCAGUUGAAAUUCCACAAGCUACUAAUGAAGUUAAUACCAUCGACACAAGGACAUAG